AUGUAUUUCUCUUGGUUAUUUUUAGUUUUUUUUUCAUCUCGUUCUCUCACAGGCACUCCUAGAUCGAUUGACCAGAGGCAGUUACGGGCCGAGUUGUCAGGGACAGGGACACCAACUGCUCCAGCCGACUCCCCGGCACUUGUGCCGAAUUGCACGCAGACACGGGGAGGAGAAGAUGGAGAAGGUUGCAAACAACCACGUGUAGAUAUCAAGAAGUUUCGAAAAAAGAAGGGAGCUCAUAAGCCACAAGAGCCUGAGACUUUGAACUUUAAAUUUCGACAAAAUUUACUAUCUUUGAAAUUUUUGAAAGAACGGAAAGAACUACUUGUUUCCAUUAUUUAA